CGCUGAUGCCCUUUGGGUGUCUUUUUUUUGAUGUUCACGGACAAUUCAUUUUUUCCGGUUUGGAACAGCCUUGAUUUGGACCAUACAUAGACGUCUCUAAAUGACGUCUUUUCAACUUUCAUUCAGAACCCGAAAAUGAUUUCAAAGUCUGGAAAAAUAAGUCUUUUAAGUUGUCUUUUUAGCGUCAUUUUUUUUUUUUGGUCUCGCUGAGGCCGGCAGAACGGCAAGGACCUGCCCUGUGUUUGUUUGUGUGUGAUUUAGCUAUUGUGGGUGUGGUUGGAUGAUGAUAUAUGGAAACAUAAUUCUAAAUAUGAUUCAUCAUUGCCUUAGUAAAGCUCUGUUGCGCUUCCCCUUGUGUUUCAGGUUCCUGAUCUUUUUUGAUGACGGCACACCUUCCUAUGUAGGCUUGCCGGAUCUUCACAUUGUUUUUGCAGACCAUUGCCGGAGGUUGUGGGAGGACAUAGAGGAUGAGGCCAGCAGGGAGUUCAUCAAGGAUUACAUCAAGGUGUACCCCCAACCCGCCCAUGGCCCGGUACAGGCCAGCCCAUCAACGUGGGGUUUGAGGGGGGUCCGGAGGAGGGUCGAGGUAGAGCAGAUCGACUGCAGCUUGUUGUGCAUCGUCUACAAGGAUGACGAACAUAAGGAAUGGUUGUACCGAGGCUCUUUGCGCCUGGAGCAUAAGGCCAACAUGAAGAAACGUGUUGAUGAGUCAAAGGAUAAACCAACAGUGACACGGCCCAACGCUGUGUGUUCUGUGGAUAAACAUGAACACGUCUACAGCCUUGUCUGUCUGACUGGAAUGGGCAUCGAAGUCAGCCGUCUGUUCCCUUACAUGGGGGGACCAGUUUCGACUGCUAAUACUAUCCGCACGGCCGCUGCCAGCAAACCUCACGUCACCGCCUCAGCACCCUUAGGGAGGCCCUAUGGCCAGAACCGUUCAACCGACGAGUCGUCUGUUAUCACAGCUAAAGGUUCAGUCACCUUCACCCUCCACCGUUGCUGCCCAGCCUGCCUGGAAUGCAUCCGGUCAAAGGUUGAGGCCAAGCACCGUGGACUCAACCCGCUGCUCAUCCCCCUGCUCUGCGAGUUCCACCAAAUGAAGGGCCGCCGCCGGGUCAAUAACAAGACGUAUUUCCACAUCUUCUACCAGUCGCCGUGUGGCCUCAGCCUGAGCAACAUGACUGCGGUGCUGGACUACCUUCAACAGACCCGCUGUGACUUCCUCUUCCUGGACAUAUUCUGUCUGGACCCCUUUGUGUCUGUGACCACAACCCACUAACCCCGGCCAUACAAGAUCAACAUCCUAGACCUGAUGCUUGGCAGGGAGAACCAGCCGCUGUCCUGCAUCAACGUACUCUGCAACAUCCGGCUAAUCUCAGUCAUCUACAACAAGCAGCGCGUGGCGGCCAGCGGGGUCUCCCUCAACACCAGCUCAGACUUUCUGGUCGUCAUGCUCCUGUCACCAGCUGACUAUCCAGGCCACAGCCGUGUCACCGGGUGGCCCUGAGGACGUCAACGUUGGCAACGAACACAAGAGGCAUGGAGAAACGGCUCUCCACAGGUAUAUAUAUAUAUGAGUGUAACGCACUGUG